UCGAUGCUUUUAUUCUGAAAACAGGUGGACCGGAAGUUUUUAGCGUAGCGCGGAACAUGUUGUGAAAUUGGAAACUGAACCAGGCUGUUUCAUGUGAAUUCUAAUUCUGUGUAACAUUAUCAUUUAGCACUAUCUAGCCAAAAGCCACACGAUAGUUAACACUGUAUGACUGUACUGACUUAAUUUAAAGACGUACUGUAGGUACUGUAGUGUUAGCUGGCUAAGCUAGAUACCAUCCAACGUUAAGCUAGCUGUUGUCAGUAUGAGCUAUGUUGUGUUGUGAGUUAUGAUAAUAAUUCACAGGAAACUCUGACCGACCUAUGUGUUAUAUUUAGACAGCAGCACUCCGCAGACAGCCGUCAUUCGACCCGAUUUAACUGUAAACCGCAAUGGUUUCCAUUUUCUUCUAGUGUCACAAAAGCUGUUCAGUCGUCCAUAGACACUUCAGGUUAUGGACAGGUUCACAGGGUUAAACACAGCAGGAGGAGACGGUGUAGAUUUCACGUCAGACUCAGAUAAAGCUAAAUGUUACAUCUGCCUGAGCCGCUUUGAAAAACAAGCAGUGGCUUCUUUGGAGAACUGUCAGCAUGUCUUUUGCCUUGAAUGUAUUCUCCAGUGGUCCCAGACAGCCAACACAUGCCCAGUGGAUCGGAUCAGCUUUGCCUUCAUCUACCAGAGACGGUGUCCUGGAGGGGACAUUCAAAAGGAGAUCAAAGUGAAGAUGCAGAAAAAGGAUGAUGAUAAUGACGAUGAAGAGGAGGGGAGCAGCACAGUCAUCUGUGAGGAGUGUGGACGCAGCGACCGCAGGCACCGACUGUUGGUGUGCAUACAGUGUGACUCAGGGUAUCACAUGGACUGCUUGACACCAUCAUUAAACGUGGGCCCUGAAGGUGACUGGAUUUGUCCCGAGUGUGCGGCAGUUCCUCAGCAUGCAGACGGCUCCACGGGGGUGGAGGUUGAGAUCAGUGAUGGAGAAUUAAUAGACCUCCUUGCUGAUGUGGAUGAAAAUGCAUCCACAGACAGUCGCCUUCGACCCUCCACCUCAAGUCGUCCCAGCAGCUCCGCUGACCGACGGCGCAGUCGGAGAAUCCAGAGCAGGGCCACCAGCGGCCCUGACCCUCGCCCCCAAACCUGCUGGCACGUACCGAGAUACCUGUUACGUACAUCAAAAGCUGCAGAUGAAGUGGCUGCACCUCAUCACAGCGAAACCAGCCAUGCUUCAGAGCAAAGACAAGAAAAAGAAGGAAGUGUCCAACUUGAGUCGAUGAUGGAAGGUGUGUGUGUGUGUGUGUGGGUGUGUGGGGGGGUGUAAUGUCUCAGCAGAUUACGACGCUCCUGUCGGAAAGGACCACAUGGUGGCAGCAUUGUGGCAGCAGAAGGAACUGACCUUCUGCUGGGCCUCGAUUGUUUCUUGCUGCAGUGAUGUCGGGCGUCUGAGAAUCAAAGACUCUCGAACAAGGAGCAGGUCCUCCACUCACCCCCGUCCUGCCUCUCAGCAGCACUGAGCUCCAUCGCUUAGCAACAGCAGGCUCGGACGUUUCUCAGUGUCUCCCUACCCAAAAGGAGGCUGCUCGGUCAGACACACUCAGAUCUGUUGUUUGUGGCUCACGCAUAUUCUCCUUUGAUGACGAAGAGCAUCAUGUGUUGGAGCAGACGUCUCAAAAAUCAUUUUCUUAGAGAUCAUUUCAGUAAAACAACACGCCCUUACAUCUGCUCGGUGUGAUCCCUGACAUUACUGUUAUUAUGGCUCAUAUGCAUCCCUGUCAAUUUGUGUGUGUGUGUGUGUGUGUGUGUGUGUGCGUGCGUGUGCUGUGAUUCAAUGGGCGGGCACUUAGCAAGCCUGCAGCUCAUCUUGGCCUACUUUCCCACCACAACAGUGUGCAGAGAGGAACAAGCGUUCACCUUCCUCGGCCAGACGUGUUUGCUGAGCAGAACUGUUAAACAAAGUGUUGAAGCUGAGACACUGAGGUGUUUAAGUGUAUGCGAAAAAGCACUCACAUUUUCCUGUUUGUUUGUUUGUUGGUUUACCGUACUGGUAAACCAACAAACAAGACACUUCUUUUGAAGAGACAGUUACUUUAGGAUCACUGGAGAGCUGCUACCUGCAUUGUUAAUAUCCCACCUGUCCACACUUUUUUCUUUAUUAUCUGUUUUGCAUGUUUAAAGAACAUUUUAAGUACUGAAUUAAAUCACUGAUCUUGUUUUUUUAUUUGGGCUUUGUAAAGAACUGGGUCCACUAGUUGUGUUUUUUAAUGAUCAUAUGACUGAUAGAAAAAAUAACCUUUGAUUCAGAAACCUUAUUUUUUUAAUUUGUCCAGGGCUUCAGUAUUCAUUUUGUAAUUAAAACUUUAACAAUAUUACAUUUUUCAUCUUCUUGUAAACACGUUGGUGCAAAUCUCAACACCUGCCGGAUUGAUUUUGAUUUUAAUAAACUCGGAUGAUCCUCUGA